CAUGAUGCAUGCAGCAUAAAUGGACGAUUGUAUUCUCUUGUUGUGAAUUUUCGUGUGGUGUGAUGGAAUAAUAAAAAAUCAAUUUUAACCAAUCAAUAGGAGUUGAAUCCAGCUAUUUCGUGGUCUCGAAUUAAUAAUUAACUCCCACAGAAGGGAGUGGUGCAGAAGAUUUCAGCAAACGCGCGGGAUAAACUGCGUUUUUUGGAAUCUAUACGACAACACAAUGACGUCAAUUACCGGCAAUCGCACACACAGAGUGUAAAGAUAGCCAAGUGAUCCGGAGGCACGAGACACUGGCGUAAGUGAUCUCACAAGAGACGCCAAAUUUCUGCAGAGGGUAUUGCUGUGGGAAAAUUCGCAAGUGGAGAGAAACAAAGUCUCCUCGCUAUCUACAUAAUUCCCAUUCUGUGUACAGAAGAAAUUUACACAUCAUCGAGAAUUUAUAUUUUUGUCAACUGUCUGGAGGGGUGGAGAAGAGCAAGUCAAGUGUCUGCAAGUGAACCAAGUCAGAUGGACAUUAUUAUUUCGAGUAUUUCAGCAUGUAGCACACAAUUUCACAUCAUUUGCACAAUUUUAUAUUUUUCUUCUCCUCUAUUCUUCUACUCUAUGCUCUUUUGUUUGAAAGAAAAGUGCACAGUGAUAGAACGCAAGUAGAACGGAAAGAGAGAUGCCAACGACAAUGAUGAAGGCAACGGCACACAAGAGAACAGGGAGAAUUGCAAGGAGAAUCCUGUCAAGAAAAUUAAAUAGGCUGAAAGUGCUGAGUCUGCUGAAAAUGGAAACACAAAAGGAAGAAGGUGCAGCUGCCGGUGCGGUAGAUGAGAAUUCGGAAUUCUAUAAUUCUGGCAGGGUGGGCAGAAGAAAUGCCCUUCCGGACAUUCUCAGUGAUCACUGCAGGACGAGUACUGCUGAUCUACCAGAUCGUCUAAAUGCACUCUCAACUUCAGACAAUUCAUCGUCUGAGGCUGGACCCAGUGGAGUCAAUUCAACACAGGCUGCUAAUACAGUAACGACUAGUAGUAAUACAACCCCAUCAACUACAGAAAAGACCUAAACUAGCAUGGAUAACUUCUGCAUUAAGAAUCAAGGUAAAUUUUAGCGCAUGAUGGUAUUUUUUGGGACUUGAAGAAAACAAUUAAAAUGAUGAUAAGGAAACGAAAACAAAAAAAAAGAAAGCUCACGAAUCUCUGCAUUUUGAAAAUAUAUUUGAUAGAAAAUACAAAUGAUACAAAAAAUAAAUGCAAAACCAAGCAGAGAUUCAUCGACACAAAAUGGCCAACCUUAAAGUUCAAUUUUCCACAAAUUAUUGGGUCCACAUUUAAUUAAAAAAAAGGAAAAACUAAAAUGUGGGCAAAAGAUUUGUUUUUUGGUGGAGCAAGAAUGUUAAGAUCAAUGAUGAUUUGUUUGGUGAAUCGAACUUUUGUGAUUCGAGAAAAUGUUGUGUGAUUUUUGUAUAUUUUCAUUGUUUUGUGAAUACAAAAGGAAAGUAAAAAAAAGAAAAGAUGAGAUAAAUAUAUAUUAACUGUGUGAGACUAUAUCAAUAUUAAAGUUAUGUCAUCUUUGAGAUUUUUGAGACCAAAUGUUAUCUAAUGUACUGUCGCAGAUGAGAAUGCAACCUUGCCACUAAUAGUUUGUAAUAGGAAGACAUAUUAUAUAAAAACUAUUUAAACUAUCAGCUAUUUUCUAGAGAAAAUAACAAUAACAAAAUAUUUGUAUUUUUAAUAUACAGGGUACGCAUAUAGCCCAAGUUGUUGAGCGCCUCCAAACCCCUCCAUAUUAGUAGUAGUAGUAAUAUACAGGGUCCUAAACUAAAAACGACAUAAGGAUGCCCCAAAGAUAAUUCACAAUUUUUCAUAAAUUUGGUAAUUUUUCUUUUAAUCUCACAAGCAAAAAAGCUUGAGGAACAAGAAUUUAUUUAAAUAAAUUUUUAAAAUUUUUUUUCACUUUCUAAUUUAAUUUUCAAAUUGUGAAUAAUUCUUGGGACACGUAAGAAAUACAAAGAUUUGAAAAACUUCUUUGACGAUUUUAUUAUUUUUUUUUUUAACUAUUACUACUUUGCAAAAAGUAAAACGAAGAUAAAUUGCAUACUCUUUUGAAAAGAAAAAAAAACUAUAUUAGAAAUUAACAGGGCUCAUUAGAAUUUUAAAGAAGAGAAGAGAAUUCUUUGCAUUUAGUAGUUGCUAAAUCUUUCUCGAGCAUAAAUUUUUAAAAGUCGAUUAACAUAGAAGUUGUAUAAUUAGUUCCUCAAAUUAAAACUUUGUUCAUUCAACUUGUAUAGCUAAAAAAAAUGUAGAAUUUAUCAUUAAAUUUAGUAAACAAAUGAAGGAUUAAAAGAAAAACUCAAAAAGUAGUUUAGCAGAGAGAGAGAGAAAUCAUUAUUACCACCGUUUCAUUUUCAUAAUAGUCUAAAUAAAGAAAAGAAAAUUAUAUAUUCCAUUAUUUAUUUUUCAGCUUCUUUUAUUUCGUCAAUAGAUUUAUAGGACAAUAAGAAAAUAGAGGAAAAAAAUCUACAUAACAUAAUAUAUUUUAGGUAGUUUUUUUACACAGUGAGGAAAAAAAUAUUUGAGAAAUGAUGAGUGAAAAAAAAAAGAAACCAAAAAGAGAAAAAUUAUUUUAAUUAUCACGUAAGAUGCUAAAAAGAAAUAAAUAUACCAAAAUUUGUAAUUCGCACAAUGAUGCGAAGGGUGUUCAUUGCGACAAAAGAAUACAAUGAUUGGCAACAAUUUGCAUUACGUAAACGAUAUAAAAAAAAGUGAAAAUUAGGAACAUGAUAGAAAUUCUGAUCUAAUUGUGUAAUUAUUGUGCAUAAAUAUUAUUCCUUACACACACAUCACAAGUAAUACUAUAAUUAAUAAAUAACUCAAUCUUUG